AUGUACGUGAUCACAUUCACUGGGAACCUGCCCAUCAUCCUGGCCAUUGUCUCAGACUCCCACCUCCACACCCCCAUGUACUUCUUCCUCUCCAACCUGUCCUUUGCUGACAUCUGUUUCACCUCCACCACCAUCCCAAAGAUGCUGCUAACCCUCCAGACACAGAGCAAAGUUAUCCCCUAUGCAGGCUGUCUCAGCCAGGUAUUUUUUUUCAUUGUGUUUGGAUGCCUAGACAAUUCUCCUGACUUGAUGGCCUAUGACUGCUUCGUGGCCAUCUGUCAUCCCCUGCACUACACGGUCAUCGUGAACCCCCAGCUCUGUGGGCUGCUGGCUCUGGGGUCCUGGUGCAUCAGUGUCAUGGGAUCCCUGCUCAAGACCUUGACCCUUUAGGCUUUCUGCAGAAGCAUGAAUAUCGCACACUUUUUCUGUGAUUUUCCUGAAGUCCUGAAGCUCGCCUGUAUGAGCACGCCCACCAAUAACAUAAAGGUGUAUUUUGUGACUAUUGUCCUAGGUGUUUUUCCUCUCUCUGGGAUCCUCUUUUCUUAUUCGCAGAUUUUCUCUUCCAUCCUGAGAAUUUCGUCAGCCGGGGGCAAGUACAAAGCCUUUUCCACCUGUGGGUCUCACCUCUGGGUGGUUUCCUUGUUCUAGGGCACAGGCCUUGGGGUCUACCUUAGUUCUAUAGCCACUUCAUGCUCUAGGAUAAGUCUGGUGGCUUCGGUGAUGUACACCAUGGUCACCCCCAUGCUGAACCCCUUCAUCUACAGUCUGAGGAACAGGGACAUGAAGGGAGCUCUGGUGAGACUCCUCAGCAGGGCACCAUCUCUCAAUGAUGGGGCCUUUAUAGGACUCUCAUAA